AUACCCCACUAAUCUCGCUGCUCCCUUGGCUUCUGGGAACGCUGCGACCCUGAUUCUGUGCUACGCAGUGAGCGCCAAACUGUGGCAUUUCUACCAGCCGGCUCUUGGGAAAAAAUAUCUUCACUGGAACAUUCGACUAGAGUCCCAGCCUCAGGCAGCCAGCGAGGCCUAAGUCCCGACUGACCGCAUCCCGGCAAGACGCCGCAUUGCACGCCUCUCGACUGAAAAUGGCGGCUUGAGUCAAUUAGUUCACCACCAGCCAUUCAUUGUCGGCCAGUUCGUUUCGCAUGAGCCACCUGCUUCUCAUGUCGCCGGUGCAUGCCCAGUCAAGCCCAAAACUGGUCCUCUGUAGUGCCUGCUGUAUCUGGCUGUCAUCCUAGCCCAAAACCCGUCAGUACCCAUAGUAGCUUAAGCGCCCCUCCCUGUGGCCACGCCCCUAGAGUCACUAGCGUCCCGACCAGUCGGCGACCGUCUCUCGCCAUCAUUUGAUCUACUCACGCUAGCUUCUGUCGCUUCGUAGACUACCUCUGACUACGCUGCACACCUAGCAUACCGCCUUCACUCGCCUAACAGGCGUUGCACACUCAAAUUCGAACAAGGUCGCGUGCAUCUGUUCGGAAGUAACCCAGAACCGGAAUCCGUGUUGCAUCGGUGCGCGUGCCAAGGAACGAAGAUGGGAACUUUUAGCAAUUACCGAAUGAGUACAUUAGCGGGGACGAGGCGACGUUACGCAUUAGGAGCGGCGGCUUUUGCCGUCAUCCCUAUUAUCGUGGCGCUUGGGGUGCUUGCGCAUCUCGCCCUUCCGGGAGCAGCGCUAGCGCCUCAAGAUUAUUCCGCCUCCCCCGAUCAAUCCGACCCCGUCCGUCGCCAACUCCGCCACCCGUUUCCCCCACCAGGCGCGGGCUCGCGCUGCGACCUGACGACGGGGGAGUGGCGGAGGGGGACCAAAGGCUUUCCGCGGUACACGUCGCUCCCGGGGAAGCCGAACUCGUGCCCGUACGUGCGGUCGGAUUUCUCGUGCGAGCGCAACGGACGGUCGGAUAUGCGCUUCCAGUGGUACCGCUGGCAGCCCAUCAAGUGCCUCUAUACUUACUUUAGCCCAUCGGGCUUUAAGUACAUGCUCAAGGGAAAGAAAGUGCUGCUGGUGGGCGACUCGAUGAUGUCCAACUUCUACGAGGCGCUGCUCUGCGCCAUCCACAUCGGCGGCUUCAAGGGCGAGCCGUACCAGCGCAACACGGCGGGCGUGUUCAGCAUCAAGGGCGUGCAUUUCCCCCGGAUGAAUAUUUCUGUCGAGCACCUCUUCUCGCCCUACCUCGUCUACGCCAUAACCCGCGGCACGGUGAACGGCAAGGGCGGCCACGGCUACGACGUCCACGUGGACAAGAUCCAUCCGACGGUCGCGAAGAUCCUUCCGGAGUACGCCAUGGCGGUCUUCGCGUCGGGCGUCUGGUGGCAGCAGAACGUGCCGCGCCGCAAGCAGCCGAACGUGUUUUUCGUGAACAAUUCGCCCAAGAACCUGUCCAAUCUCGACGCGCACGCGUGGGCUCUCAACACGCUGAGCUCGUUUAUAAAAGGCACUAAUUACGGCGGCGUGCCGUACUUUAUCUCGUUCUCGCCGCACCACGGAGGCGCGGGCAGCCCGCAGAAGGGAGUGUACCAGGACUCUGCGGGGGGGACGAAACCCUCGUGGGUUGGCGCGUGUGGCGCUGUGAAACCCACGUCGGAACAGGCGGCGUUGAAGGACUACAGGCUGUCGCUUCCCACGUCCGAAGCGUACAUGACGACACAGAAAACCGCGUUAUUGGGAUCCCCGUUACGGUUCCUCCAGGUUACCAGCCUGAGCGCGAUGCGGCCGGAUGCGCAUCAGGGUCCCUGGUUCAAGAGGCGGGCUUCGACCGGUCCUGGGUCGCCAAGUGGCAACGGAGAAUCCCCCUUUUCCGGGGAUUGCACCCAUUGGUGCUUGCCAGGUGUGCCGGACGCGUGGGUGGAUAUGAUGUACUCGAGCAUGUUGCUGGAGCCAUCGCUGGCAGGAUUGAAGAAGUAGAGAUGAGAGAACGGCCUGAUUUGCCAUCGCUGGGGGGACUGAAGAAAAAGAGAGGAGAAAGAGCUCUUGAGUCGACUCAGGAGCUAGCGUGUUGCUGGAAGAACCAUCACGGGCGGGACUGAAGAAGUAGAAGAUACGAGAACAAAGGCUGGGGAUGCCUUUUGAAUCGACUGACAGUCAUCAGACGCGGUGGACGCGUGGGUGGAUGUGAUGCACUCGAGCAUGCUGCUAGAACCAUCGUUGGCAGGAAUGAAUAAGUAGAGAUAAAGAGAGGGAUCAAAGGUUUAGGAGGAUACGGAAUGCAUUUCCACGUGUUGCCAGUGCUGUUACCAUUCGUUAGCAAGCAAGUUUACGUAUUGCGCAUGGGUUGGAAAACAUGUCUGGAAGGAAAUCGGGACGCGGAAGUGUUGGUGGGCAGUUAUGUUAGUAGGAGGUCGUCGGUCAUCAUCCGGCCGUUGUGCUUGCAU